AUGGAGAAGGCAGUCCAUUUGUCGACGAAAGCUGGACCAGAGGUUCCAGGAGAGCCAACGAAGACAGGAACCUCCAUGGUUGACACGGCCGCUGCAGCUGUACAGAGUUUCGCUCCGGUUAACCAAAUCCACCACCAUUUCUGCGCGUUUCAUUUUUAUGCAUAUGACAUGACCCGACAAGUGGAGGCACAUCAUUUCUGCAGUCACAUAAACGAGGACAUGCGUCAGUGUCUGAUCUACGACGGUCCUGAUGCCAACGCUCGUCUGAUAGGUUUGGAGUACAUAGUGACAGAGAAGCUUUUCAUGACAUUACCUGAUGAUGAGAAGAAGCUUUGGCACUCUCACGAGUGGGAGGUUAAAGGCGGGUUCUUGUUCAUGCCCGGUGUUCCCGAACCAAUUCAACGCCAAGAUGUUGAAAAAGUGGCUAAGAGUUAUGGAAAAGUUUACCAUUUCUGGCAAGUGGAUUUGGGGCAUGAGCUCCCAAUUGGUUUACCUAAUAUUAUGAUGGCUGUUACUCGCGACGGACAACUUUAUCCGGAGAUGUUAAAGGGUAACUCGGUCAUUUAGUUUAUUCGUUUAAGUAGUAGUGUGUG